UCUACGCCAAACCCUCGCAAGUCCUCCCGCCUCCGCCUCCGCCUCGCUGCCUCCCCACCCUGUGUUUCGUCCAACGCGAUACAAACCUAAAAGACGGGAUCGCGGCUUACAGUGACCCGAAGACCCGAAGCUCCCAUUCUUCUCCUCCUUCCGCUCCUCUCCUAAAUCCAAAACCAUCGAGGAAGGUUAAAUCCUGUUAAAUCCUGCUCUAAUUCCGUUACCAGACACGACUUAAUUCCAGGAUUUAAGGAAAAACAGAGGAAAAACGGGAUUUAAGAACCUGCAGGAUUUGGGAUUUUUAGAUUAAUUCCUGCUACCAAACAGAUCCAAGAUAUUGCUCAAAUUCUGCCACCUCCAUCCUCUUCUUCCAGUUAAUUGUCCAGGCCUUGGCCAGCCAUUCAUCCCGGGCAACCACCAUCGCCAUAGACACUCGCCGCUUCUUUUCAUCGGUUCUACCACGCUUUAUCCUUCUUAGGUCACAAUGAAGCUUGACGUGGAUGCUUUGAGAUAUCUCUCUAAAGAAGAUUUUAGAGUUUUAACCGCAGUCGAGAUGGGGAUGAGAAAUCAUGAAAUUGUUCCAGCAGAGCUUGUCGAGCGGAUCGCUCGCCUCAAGCAUGGGGGAACCUACAAGGUGUUGAGGAAUCUCUUAAAGCACAAGCUUCUACAUCAUGACUCCUCCAAAUAUGAUGGGUAUCGGCUGACUUACCUUGGAUAUGACUUCCUUGCAAUCAAGGUUCUUGUCAACCGUGGCGUAUUUUCUUCAGUUGGAAGGCAAAUUGGUGUUGGCAAGGAGUCCGAUAUAUUUGAGGUCGCCACUGAAGAUGGAACUAUUCUGGCUAUGAAGCUGCAUAGGUUGGGGAGGAUUUCUUUCAGGGCUGUGAAAUCUAAGCGUGACUAUUUGCAGCACAGAAGGAGCUAUAACUGGCUAUACUUGUCAAGGCUUGCUGCUCUCAAAGAAUUCGCCUUCAUGAAGGCUUUGGGAGAGCAUGGGUUUCCAGUUCCUCAAGCUGUGGACUGCAAUCGGCAUUGUGUUGUCAUGUCUCUUGUCCAAGGUUACCCACUAGUGCAAGUGAAGCAGCUGCAGAAUCCGGACGAGGUUUUUGAGACAAUUAUUGGUUUGAUUGUUCGUUUGGCAGAGCACGGGCUUAUUCAUUGUGAUUUCAAUGAAUUUAAUAUCAUGAUUGAUGAUGAAGGGAAGGUCACCAUGAUUGAUUUCCCUCAGAUGGUAUCGGUUUCCCAUCGCAAUGCACAAAUGUACUUUGACCGGGAUGCUGACUGCAUUUUCAAGUUUUUCAAUAAAAGGUUUCAACUCUCAUUUCAUGAUAAUAAAGAUGGUUGUGAUGAUUCGGGUUCUGAUGAUGGGGAGGAUGGUAGGCUAUCAUUUUGGUCCAUAGAGAAGUCUGCAGGUUUCUUGGAUAAGGAACUCGCAGCCAGUGGGUUCACAAGAAAGGAUCAAGAUGAAAUGGAGAAGUUUAUUGAAGGAGGAGGUGAUGAGGGUGAGACAGUGAGCUCUGAUGAUGAAGAUUGUGCCUAUGAAAACCAGCUGGGGAAUGAUGGCGCUGAUGCUGUUAUUAGUACCUUACCCUGCUUGAAUCUGGUAGAGAAGAAUAUGCAUCAGGAGGUCUCAUUAAAUCAUAAAAAAGUGGAUAAUACAGAUGAGCAUCCUCAUACGUCAGUUACCGAAGACCUUAAAAUUGCAGAAAUUGUUAAUGGUGUUGAUCUCUGUGCUAAUUUGAGAGAUAAUGAAAAUGACAUAGUGGAUGGUUCUGCUCUCAUUAAAAAUGGGACUUUGAGGGAAGAGGAGAUUGAUGGAUCUGAUGAUUCCGAAGAUAGUGCUCCUGCACUUAUAAAGGGUUUAAACCGGCAAAGGCGACGGGCUGUGGCGGCUGCUCGGGGUGGUCGGAAAGCUGUAAUUUCAAGGAAUUCUUACAAAGACAAGGGUGGCAGCAAGUCAUCCCACAACUCUAAACUUCAAAGGCAGGCCUGCAAAUUAUAUAGCUAAUUUAACGCCCUUUUUAUACUUUUAUUUUAUGUUUUUGUCCCUCAGGAGUUUUCAUAUAUAAACACAUAGAAAUUGUGUACUGUUCAUAUUAAUUUUCGAUUAAAUUUACUAAUGUAUUGUAAAUUUUAA